UGCUAUAGCGGAGGAUCCGGAAGGAAGGCUCUACCACGGAUCUACUCUGCGCAAUACCGAACUGACACACACACACAGAGAGAGAGAGAGCAUUACCAUACAUUAUUAUAUUUUUUUUUAUCGGAUACAGUUUCUAUUCUAUUGUCGUUAAACCGAUUGGAAGACGUGUUGUCUGUGUGAUUCGCCAUGACGACUGAAUCAGGAGCAGACUCUGAGCCUAAGCAGGAGAAAGGAGGGAAGGAGAAAGGAGGGAAGGAGAAAAAGGAGAAGGCGAAGGCAGCAGAACACUUCCCAGCCGCCGCUGGACACAGCACACCUGCCAGGAAUAACCAGUUUGAGGAGGACCUGUCGUCAACCAGGUCGUCAACCAGUCGCCUGUCAAUCAAGUCUCCACUGAGGGGAGUGAAGAAGCUGAAGAACAUGCAGUGUAAAAUCACCCUGCUAGAUGGCUCUGACUACACCAUGACGGUGGAUAAACGAGCCAGAGGCCAGCUGCUGUUUGCCAAGGUGUGUGACCAUCUGAACCUGCUGGAGACGGACUACUUUGGCAUCACGUACCGAGACGUGGAGAACCAGAAGAACUGGCUGGACCCUAACAAGGAACUGAAGAAGCAGAUAAGGAGUGGCCCCUGGAACUUUGGCUUCAACGUGAAGUUCUACCCCCCAGACCCUGCCCAGCUGUCUGAAGACAUUACCAGGUACUACCUGUGUCUCCAGCUGCGUGAUGACAUGGUGUCUGGUCGUCUCCCAUGUUCCUUCGCCACCCACACCAUACUGGGCUCCUACACGGUCCAGUCAGAGCUGGGGGACUACGACCCCGAGGACACGGAGUACAACAGUGAGCUCCGCUUCGCUCCAAACCACACCAAGGAACUGGAGGACAAGGUCAUGGACCUACACAAGAACUACAAAGGGAUGACGCCAGCUGAAGCAGAGUUACACUUUCUGGAGAAUGCCAAGAAACUGUCCAUGUAUGGGGUUGACCUCCAUCACGCUAAGGACUCUGAAGGCGUAGAGAUCAUGCUAGGAGUGUGCUCGAGUGGUCUGCUCAUCUACAGAGACAGACUGAGAAUCAACAGGUUCGCCUGGCCCAAGGUCCUCAAGAUCUCCUACAAGAGAAACAACUUCUACAUCAAGAUACGCCCCGGAGAGUUUGAGCAGUUUGAGAGCACGAUUGGCUUCAAGCUCCCUAACCACCGUGCAGCCAAGAGGCUGUGGAAGACCUGUGUUGAGCACCACACGUUCUUCAGACUGGUGUCCCCAGAGGCCCCCCCUAAGAAGUUCCUGGGUCUUGGUUCUAAGUUCCGCUACAGCGGUAGAACCCAGGCUCAGACCCGGAGAGUCUCCUCUCAGAUCAUCAGGGCCGCGCCCAUCUUCGAACGCUCCUCCUCCAAACGCUACACCAUGUCGCGCAGCCUGGACGGAGCGCCCGUAACAGAGAACCACGACACCCUGAUGAAGGACGCCACGCCCGCCAAAGCUGUCGCCGCUGGAGACCUGAUCACCACGGUAACGCCGGAGAAGAAGGCGGAGGAGGAGAAGGCCGAGGAAGAGGAGGGACAGACCAACGUUACAGAGACGUCGGAUCCUAAUGUCCCCUCAACCCCCCUCAGACACGACAACAAGCGCUCCCCAUGCCUGUACUCCUAUGACCCCCUCCGCUCUGAGCUCUCCCUCCCUUCCUCCCCCGUGGCCUCCACUAAGGUCCGUCGGCGGCGCAGGGAGAACGCGUCCCGUAAACGCUGUGCGUCCGUCAGCCCGGCUAAAUCCUCUGCGGGGUGCCGUCGGCGCCAGGCCAAAGCGGACCGCGCCACCGCCCUCCUAGAGGAGCAGGUGCUACUCCUGUCGGCCCGGAAACAGCGUCUAGAACAGCUGAAGGCCCACGGGAGGCGGGGCGGCACUCUGUUCUCCUUCUCCCUGCACCUCCCCGACCUCUCCUCUUACCUAGACGAGGAUGGCUACCUCACAUUCCCUGACAUCACAGAGCUCACCUUCCUCCCUGAGAGCGUGCAGCACUUCCGUCCGUUCAGGUCACCCUCUCUCAUCCCCUGCUUCCUCUUCAUCUUCUUUUUCCUCUUGUCCACGUCGUUCUCGGUGCCCUACGCCCUCACGCUGUCCUUCCCGCUGGCGCUGUGUCUGUGCUACCUGGAGCCCAAGGCGGCUUCUCUCACCGCAUCCAUCGCUCAGGGCCUGCAUCAACAUGACAGUUGUUCAGAGGAAGAGGAAGAUGAAGAGACGGACAGCGAGCAAACCGACUUUGCCUUUGACGAGGAAACUACGGCCUCUGAGUCGGAGCCGGAAGAUGAUCAUUCUGAGAUGAGGACACAGUAUAGUUUCAUAAGGCGAAUUAAAGGAGAAAACGUUUUUAUCAAGCAUAGUAAUCUCAUGUUAGAGAACACAGAGGCGUCGGAGGAGCUGGUGAAACAUCAGAGAGACAUCAGUGAACUGAAGCGCUCCUUCCUGGAGACGGCAGGCGACCCUGAAUCCCUGGGACUGACCGAGUGGGAGAAGAGACUGUCCUCGUCUCCUCCGGCUCAUUCCCACAGCGAGGGAGUGGAGGAGGCACCCAUGAUAGAGCCACUUAACACCCCACAGGACUCAGAGACAGAGGAAGUUCCUGCUGCUGAGGAAGAAAUGAAGCAGGAGGUACAAGCCAAUGGCAUUGAGGCUGCAGGCAUGGUGAACUCUAGUGAUGCGGGGACAGCAGGAGCACAAGGGUGUGGUCUGAUGACUGUAACUGAUACCUUAGAAGCCGUCACCAGUGACUGGACGGACAGAGAGACGGAUGGACUGAAGGAAGACGGAGAGGAAGAGAAGUUCCUAGUAUCUCCGGAGCUGAAGAUAAGUCCAGGGACAGUCAGACAGGAAGUCUCUACGGCCAUCUUGGACAAGAGAGGAACACUCAUCAUCCUGAGGGAGAUGGAGUCUGAAGACAAAAUGGACGCCAGCGGAGACCUUACCAAGACCAACCAGGAGAAAGGAGGGGGGACUUCAGCAAGCAUUAAGGAGGGUGAAGAUGACGAGCUAGAAGGAGAUCCUCUCACCAGAUCUAAGGAGAAAUAUUCCAUAAUCAACACGAAUGAAGAUGAGACCAGUGGUGAGGUAGAUGCUGAGGCCAUGUCUAAGGAGACUAGCAACAAGAGAGAGAGAUCUCUCAACUUAAGCCAGACUGAGACUGAUGAAGAAAUGAGUGGCGUUAACUCACUCCAGAAGACUGAGGCUCCAAGUCCCUCUGAGGUCUUGACCAAGACAGUUGAAAGGUCAGAGUUCACCACCGUGUCACACGAGAAGGUGACGGAGCUGAUUACCCAGGAUGCACCGCCAAAGAGAGAGGAAUCGUGUGGCCUGGAUGAAGCUGUGAGCGACCUAUCACAGUGGACCUUCUCCGACGGUCAAUUUGCCACCAAACCAUCACCUGGAUCUCUAGCCGUGAGCCCGGCUGAGGAAGAGGAGGAAGAGGAGACAGGAGGGAGCCAGGGGGCUGCUGAGACAGCACAGUCUACAGGACUUACGAAACCCGAGGCUGUGCCAGCAGAGGAGUCGACCACCAAGGAGGUACCUGUAGUCCACACCGAGACUAAAACCAUCACGUACGAGUCUUCAGAGGGUGACUGCGAUGGCGACGUGGAACCCGGUGUUCUGAUGAGCGCACAGACCAUCACCUCGGAAACCACCAGCACCACCACGACCACGCACAUCACUAAGACGGUGAAAGGAGGAAUCUCUGAGACCAGGAUAGAGAAGAGGAUUGUCAUUACAGGAGAUUCAGGAGAUAUCGACCAUGAUCAGGCUCUGGCCCAGGCCAUAAAGGAGGCCAAAGAGCAGCACCCUGACAUGUCAGUGACCAAAGUAGUGGUUCAUAAAGAGACAGAGAUCACACCUGAGGGAGAGGACUGACCCAGGAGUAAAUAAAGCCCAGGACAGUUUAAAUCCCCUGGUGGAAGGACUCCUCUCAAAACCCUCCAGCAACCAACUCCCAACGUCACGAUGGGUUUCAUUACAUUACUGUGCCUGCCUGCUGGGCCUCGUUAUAACUACGGUAGAGACUACACAGCCAGCCUAUUGUUCUACAGACAGUCUGCUCUAUAGAAAUACAAUCUAUAGAGCGGGCUUCCCCCGUUCAAGUCAAUGAUGGCAUAAUAGAUUCUAAUUCUAUGCUCUGCGCUCUCUAUGGUCCCGAUCCUAAUCUGAGUUCCAUGUGCUUAACUUGGCUUUACUGCCUAAAUCGUGAUGUCAAUGGGGAGAUUAAAGUCAAAAUGAGGUAGUUAAGAUUUAUGCCUAUCGUCAGUCCCAUCCGUCAUUAUCAAAAUGUAUAUUUGCAUGAGCAGAAUGACGCAAUUAUUAUUAUAAAAAAAAAUAUAUAUAUUAUCAAGAUUUCCUGUGAGAUAAUAAACAGGUUAUUUUAUCACUUGAGCUCUCGCUGAACUCUACAACAGGCAAAACGGUUGAUUUCAUUCACCGCCUUGCUAUCUAUUUAAGAUUAUAUUAUAAACAGUCAUUUUUCUUGCUUUUUUUUUGUUGUUGUUGGUCAGCGUUGUUUAGUGUAUUUAUGAAAUGAAAAUCCGUCACUCCGAGAGAGGAGAAGAGAAAAAAAAGUCUUUUUAUGUGACAUAUUAGAGUACACAACAAUAUUAUUAUUCUAAUAACUUAGUAGAAGGUAGAAGUGACGACCUCAAUGCCGCCUCACUCCACUCCCAUCGUCUCAGAUAGAAAUGCAUUUAAAUCAACUUUUCACAACAAAGUCCUGUACGUUAUAUGUGUGUGUGUGUGUUGUCCUGGGCAACAGCGACUGCAAACAAAGGCAGAUUAUAUCGUCUAUAUUCAGCAACAAUUAUUUUAUUCAUGUUGUAUUGUAUUUUGUCUGAACAUUUGUCAGUAUUCUGUAUUCAUACAUUGCAACAUAUUUCAAAUAGCCUGUAUCCCAGAUCGGUUUUCGACCUCGUGCCAACUCUUUAUCACCCGUUGAGCGACAUGGAGAUGGCAUGAUGGCACUAUCCGACUGGCACCCAGGCUAUAUUUGAGACGGUUGAUAGUCUGUUUUAAAAACGCUGUCUAGAUGGGGGUUUACAGAGUUGUACCCAGGCUAUGUUUGAGACAAUCGACAGUCUGUUUUAAAAACACUGUCUAGAUGGGGGUUUACAGAGUUGUACCCAGGCUAUGUUUGAGACAAUGGACAGUCUGUUUUAAAAACACUGUCUCGAUGGGGGGGGUUUACGGACUUGUAUUGUUGUGAUCUAUCUGCAAACGGACACAAAUGGUAUACAUUCUCCUCUGUAUUAAUUAAUGGCUGGACUACAGUCCCCACAAUGCUGUGUGUGACUGACUGAAAGGCCCAGGACUCAAACUAACAGGACUGCUCUGUCCAGAUGAACAUAUUUUGGUCUGAAAUAGCACCCUAUCCCCUAUAUAGUGCACCACUUUUGACCAGAGCCAUAUGGGAUGCACUAUAAAGGGGAUAUGGUGCUAUUUGUGAAGUAUUUGAUCUGAUCUAUCAGUCAAUCAGGUGAAUGUCUCAGCAGCCAUAAUAGCUCUGUUCUACCAGUAUCAUUGGUGUAAAGUUGCUCCUAACUGAUCUUAGAUCAGUUUUGCAUUUUCCCUACUAAUGGCUAAGGUUGGGAUUGGGGGAGGAGAUAUAAUUUUGAAUUGAACCUUUAUUGUACUAGGCAAGUCAAUUAAGAAAAAAAAUUCUUAUUUACAAUGACGGCCUACCCCAGCCAAACCUUCCUCAAACCCGGACGACGCUGGGACUCCCGAUCACGGCCGGUUGUGAUACAGACCCGGGAUCAAACCCGGGUCUGUAGUGACGCCUCCCAACACUGCGAUGCAGUGCCUUAGACCACUGCGCCACUCGGUCCCCAAAAGCUGAUCUAAGCUGAUCCUAGGUCUGUACCUAAGGUUAACUUCACCCCAGAGCCAGUAUCAUCAAUAUAUAACUAUAUAUAUAGUAUAUAUGAUAUAUAUAAGAUCCUAUAUAUAUAUAUAUAUACUACAACCAAUCAUGAUGUUCCAGCACCAACAGAACGUGAAAUUAUACAAAGUGGCAAAUGCAUAUUAUUGUGAUUUUCUUUUUGAAUAAAAUAUUGAUUAUAUUAUUCUGAA